CAAAUGAGAUUCUCAUGAGUCCUUCCAGCUCACCGCGAAUCCUCGGAACCUCGGAAGCUUCCCGGCACAAAGAAAACCCAUAUGAGACUCUGUUCAUGCACCGCAAACCUUUAUCCUUCUUCUUAUCUCUUGUUCUCUUUGGCCCUAAGCACAAUUGCAUUCACCCAACUCUCUUCAUUGCCCCUUCAUUCCAUAUACUCCAAGAUUCGCGUCCUCAAGGGGCACGGAAUGACUGUUCACUGGCACCCUAAGAGACCGAGUUCAAGAAAUGAAGAGCUGUUCACUGCAUUUCUCAGUGCUUUGUCUCAAGGAAACACGAGAAUGGGUAAUGGAGGUUAUUUUGGAGGUUAAAUAUCAUAGAAUGCCCUUGUUUUUUGUGCUUUUAACCCCCAAUACCACCAUCACCAACUACAACUGCCCGAAUCUUCUGGCUAAUCAGCAA